AUGGACAGUAACACCUUGAGCCCCGCGACCGCGACUUCCGCCUCCGCGACAGUCCCAUCCUACCAGCGCAUCCAGAAUGCCGCCGACAUCUCGGUCAUCAUCGUCUACUUUGUGGUGGUGAUGGCUGUCGGGCUGUGGGCGAUGUUUUCCACUAAUCGUGGGACUGUUGGAGGCUUCUUCCUGGCAGGACGAAGUAUGGUGUGGUGGCCGAUUGGAGCUUCUCUCUUUGCCAGUAACAUUGGAAGCGGACACUUUGUGGGGCUGGCGGGGACUGGAGCAGCUGCAGGCAUCGCCACUGGGGGCUUUGAAUGGAAUGCCCUGAUUUUUGUGGUUGUGCUUGGCUGGCUGUUUGUCCCCAUUUACAUUAAGGCUGGGGUGGUGACAAUGCCAGAGUACCUGAAGAAGCGAUUUGGAGGCAAGCGGAUCCAGGUCUACCUCUCUCUUCUGUCCCUGUUGCUCUACAUUUUCACCAAGAUCUCGGCAGACAUCUUCUCUGGGGCCAUAUUCAUCAACUUGGCCAUGGGCCUGGAUCUGUACCUGGCCAUCUUUCUCUUAUUGGCUAUCACUGGCAUUUACACAAUUACAGGGGGCCUGGCAGCUGUGAUUUACACGGACACCUUGCAGACGGUGAUCAUGCUGGUGGGGUCUUUAAUCCUGACUGGGUUUGCCUUUCACGAAGUGGGAGGGUAUGAAGCCUUUAUGACAAAGUACAUGAAAGCCAUUCCAACCACGAUUUCUUAUGGAAACAUCACCAUCAAUGAGGAAUGCUACACCCCAAGGGCUGACUCCUUCCACAUCUUUCGAGAUCCCAUCAGUGGAGACCUGCCAUGGCCCGGGCUCAUCUUUGGGAUGUCCAUCCUAGCCCUGUGGUACUGGUGCACAGAUCAGGUCAUUGUCCAGCGCUGCCUCUCAGCCAAAAACAUGUCUCAUGUGAAGGCUGGCUGCAUCAUGUGUGGGUACCUCAAGCUGCUGCCCAUGUUCCUCAUAGUGAUGACCGGAAUGGUCAGCCGCAUCCUGUACACAGAAAAAGUUGCCUGCGUCGUCCCCUCGGAAUGUGAGAGAUAUUGUGGCACCAAGGUUGGCUGUAGCAACAUCGCCUAUCCGACCCUGGUGGUGGAGCUCAUGCCGAAUGGACUGCGUGGCCUGAUGCUGUCGGUCAUGUUGGCCUCUCUUAUGAGCUCCCUGACCUCCAUCUUCAACAGUGCCAGCACCCUUUUCACCAUGGACAUCUACACCAAGAUUCGGAAGGGUGCAACUGAGAAAGAGCUUAUGAUUGCAGGAAGGUUGUUUAUCCUGGUGCUGAUUGGCAUCAGCAUUGCCUGGGUGCCCAUUGUGCAGUCAGCACAAAGUGGGCAGCUCUUUGAUUACAUCCAGUCCAUCACCAGUUACUUGGGACCACCCAUCGCAGCUGUCUUCCUGCUUGCUAUUUUCUGCAAGAGAGUCAAUGAGCAGGGAGCCUUCUGGGGACUGAUCAUAGGAUUUCUGAUUGGGGUGUCUCGUAUGGUCACCGAGUUUUCUUACGGAACUGGAAGCUGCAUGGAGCCCAGCAACUGUCCCACGAUUAUCUGUGGUGUGCACUACCUGUACUUUGCCAUCAUCCUCUUUUGCAUUACUGUCAUCAUCAUUGUCGUUGUCUCUCUCUUCACCAAGCCCAUUCCAGAUGUGCAUCUCUACCGCCUGUGCUGGUCCCUGCGCAACAGCAAAGAAGAACGUAUUGACCUGGAUGCAGGAGAAGAGGGCUUCCGUGAAGACCCAGAGGAGAUCACUGAAAUUGACACAGAAGUUCCUGAGAAGAAAAAAGGAUGCUUCAGGAAGGCCUAUGAUUUGUUUUGUGGGCUGGACCAGCAGAAGGGUCCCAAAAUGACAAAGGAAGAAGAGGAAGCCAUGAAGCUGAAGAUGACAGACACUUCCGAGAAGCCUUUGUGGCGGACAGUAGUGAACGUCAACGGCAUCAUCCUGCUGACCGUGGCUGUCUUCUGCCAUGCAUAUUUUGCCUGA